AUGCCAGCCACCAUCAAAACAAUCAAGAGUAGAAAAAACUGUACUAACUACUUCAUCAAUUACGAUCGUGAAUUCUUUGAACAACAACAAGAGAAGAAAACCAAGACACCAAAAGAGAAGGUAUCGAAGGGGAGGGUUGUAUCAAGUAGAGGAAUCAAGAAGAGCAGAAAGAGUAAUAUCUCCAAGAAAUUCAGAGAACCAGUUUGGGUAAAGAGAGUAAAGGCUCACCAAACCAAAGUUCAAUCCAUUCGUUCGUUCAAGCCUAAUCCAAUUGAUAGAGCAGAGUUUGAUAAUUGCUUGAAGGAGAUGAGUUUAAGAACUGGUAAACCAUUUAAUAGUGAUACGGAAGUGUAUGAAUAUUUAGAAAGAAGAUGGAAUGAGUUUUCUUUUGAUGCUGUCAAGGUUCUUUGUGCUAAUUUGCAACCAGGUGACGUCAAGUGGGGAUACAAGUUACAUUUAGGUACCAUUUCUUAUGCUAUUUUGGAUAGAAUUUUGUGUUUGAACCAUAAUUGCAAGAAGGAGAUUAUUGAUAUCGAACAAACCAUUAAUAGAGAGAAAGUUCCAACCCGUAUCUUCAAGUAUCACUUUAUGAAGGAGUGUGGAUUUCCAAAAUUCAAGUCAAGUUAUGAUUGGACUUUCAAUUUGCUAUUUCCAGAUGAGGAAAAAUCUUAUCUCCAAAUUUGUGAGUACACAGCCAUGACAUUGGUUUGUAAUGACUAUGAUAACAGAGUAUAUGUUAAUUGGGAAAUGUCUUGUCAUUCAAUGAAAUGUUACGAUAAUUUCGAUUUUGGUUAUUGGAUGAUAAGUAAUUAA